AUGGUAUUAUCAAUAUAUACUUAUAUAAUGGAAACUUUAAAUUCAACAAGUGCACCAUUAACUUGUUAUUUUUCAUUAUUUAUAUUCUUCUUUGGCACUAUUGGGAAUAGUCUUAAUAUACUUGUUUUAACACAACGAUCAAUUCGUUCAAAUCCAUGUGUUUUUUUAUUUUUAAUUUCAUCUAUUGCUAAUCUUAUAUCAAUAUUAUCUGGUUUACCACCAAGAAUAUUAUCAACUUGGCAAUUAGAUUUAACAGCAACAAAUGAUAUUCUUUGUAAAUUACGUGCUUUUAUUAUGUUUACAUCAAGAACAAUUGCAUUAGGUUUAAUUAUGUUAGCAACUAUUGAACGAUGGUUAAUAUCAUCAUAUAAUAUUCAAUUUCGACAAUUAAGUUCAUUAAAAAAUGCUCAAAAAGGUUCUUUAAUUAUUAGUAUUAUUUCAAUUCUUCUUUAUAUACAAAUGUUUUAUUGUUAUAAAGCAAAUCUUAUAAAUACACCAUUAAGAUGUUAUGGUAAAACAACAACUUGUCGUCUUUUAACCGAUAUAAUAUAUGGAUGUUUUACUAUUUUAUUUCCUUUAAUUUCAAUGACAACAUUUGGUAUAAUGACAAUAUCAAAUAUACGUCAAGUACGAACUUAUAAAGAAGCUGAAAAAAUACUUCGAAAACAACAUUUAAAUAAGAGAAGUUUUAUAUUGCAAAAAUUAACUAGACAACGAUGGAAAAAACUUGAUCGUUAUUUACGACGAAUGCUUUUAUUACAAGUUAUUUCACUUAUUGUAUUAACUUUUCCACAAGCAAUUCAUAAAGUAUAUUUUACAUUAACAUUUAAUACAUAUAAAUCACAAUUAGAAUAUGAUUUCGAUCGUUUUUUAUAUAAAUUUGAACUUCUUUUACCAUUCUUAGAAAGUGCUUUACCAUUUUAUAUAUAUACAUUAGCUGGUGGAAAAAUAUUUCGUAAUGCAUUAGAAAAAUUAUUAUUUUGCUCAAAAAAAAAUUAA